AUGAAGUCGUCAUUUCCAAGUCUGGACAAGAAGGUGCCGGAGAGCAAGAAGUACGCGCACAUUGGCUCAUCAAUUGAUACCGGAGCUUCAGCCAAGAAGGAGAAGCUUCACUCCGCAAACGUCAUGGCCAAGCGCAAGGACGAGAUCUUCAAGCGCAUUCGUGCCGCCACGCUGGUGCGUUUGCUGCAGGACAGAGAGGUCUCAGAGUCCGUCUAUGCUCUCGGCCGCUCAGAGUCUUGUUUACGGUGUGGUGACUGCGGCGGUCGCAGAGGUUUAGACAUCUACAUAUAUAUGGUUCCGUGUCCCGUGUCGGUACCCCCCCCCCAUGGUAUCCCCCCCCCCCCAGCCCCCCCCCCCCCCCCUAAACCCUAA